GGGGCCGAAAAGCGAAAAACAAACUUCUCCUAUUAAGAAGGAUAUCUAGGGUUUAAGCACUUGGUGAGGAAGACGAAGGCGAACCGAAUCGAGAGACAUGUCGAAGAAGAACAAUCUCGCCCGUAGAAAAAGGCAAUAUGAAUUCGAUCUUCGAAGAGAGAAACAAGAAAAGGAAAAGCAGACCCAGAAGCUUCAUGCAAAGAAGAACAAGAUGAAAGUUGGUGCUAGCAACAAGAAAAAGAAGGCCGGAAGUGGGUUUCAAGUGGGGAAGAGAAAGGUGAAGACCAAAUUGACGGCAUUGGCAAAAGCUAAAGCUGCCCAAGCAAUGGAGAUUGAAAAAUGAGGUUUCAUUUGAAAGAUUUUACAUGUAUGUGGUGAAGCUAACAAGAAAAACAUGUCGGAGCUAAAAAUAUGCACAAUUUGUUGAGCUUAAUGAUUCGUAAUUUAGAUGGAAAAGUUAAUGUUAUCUUCACUAUCACUUUUGUUUUUGUUUUUGACCCAAUUUUCUUAUGGAAAUUAUGUUUCUAUAUUUGCUAGAAGAUUUGUAUGCUGUAAUAAUCUCAUGUUGACAUGCUUACUCUGUUC